CGCAUGCGCACAGUGCCGAGCACUUGCUAACGGUGUCAUUAUAGCAGGGCUAUUCCCUGGCAGAAAUGGCGGCGAGUCAGACAGCGGCGGUGGCCGUUGUGGGGGGCACCGGUGGACAAGGAGGAGUCGGUCCGAGCCCAGGAGGAGCGGUGCCCGGUGCAGGGGUAUUGCUGGGUACGGCGGGCGGUAUGUGCCCGGGUGCAAUGUCGGGGUUGCCCAGCUUCCCCCAUGGACCGCACUGGAGCACGGGCACCAUUCACCAGCAUACAGUGAGGAGCCUGGACCGGGCCCUGGAGGAGGCGCUCACCACCGGCAACCUCAACCUAAGCGGCAGAAGGCUGAGAGACUUCCCGGGCAGCGGCUAUGAUCUGACGGACACCACACAAGCAGACCUCUCAAAAAACAGAUUUUUAGAAAUUCCACAUGACGUUUGCCUGUUUGCACCGCUUGAAACCUUAAAUUUAUAUCACAACUGCAUCAAGUGCAUUCCAGAAACCAUUAAACAUCUUCAAAUGUUAACAUAUUUAAAUGUCAGUCGGAAUCUUUUAUCAACGUUGCCAAAAUAUCUCUUUGACUUGCCACUGAAAGUUUUGGUCGUUAGUAAUAAUAAAUUGGUUUCUAUUCCCGAAGAGGUUGGGAAAUUAAGAGAUUUAAUGGAGCUGGAUGUCAGCUGUAAUGAAAUACAAGUUCUUCCUUCACAAGUAGGAAAACUCCAUUCACUCAGAGAACUUAAUUUGAGAAGAAACAAUCUCCAAGUCUUGCCUGAUGAGUUAUCUUCACUUCCUUUGGUAAAACUGGAUUUUUCAUGUAAUAAGAUUACAGAAAUCCCAGUUAGUUACAGGAAGCUGAGUCAGCUUGAAGUGUUAUUAUUGGACAAUAAUCCAAUGCAGAUCCCUCCAGCACAGAUUUGUCUGAAAGGGAAGGUGCAUAUGUUCAAGUUUUUAAAUAUUCACGCGUGCUGCAGGACAGAGAAGAAGCCCGAUUCACUGGACCUACCAUCGUUGGUGAAAAGACUGCCUUCACAGCCUCUCACAGACAGCAUUGAAGACUUUUAUCCAAGUAAAAAUCAUGGUCCUGACUCUGGGAUUGGUAGUGAUAAUGGGGAUAAACGUCUUUCGGCGACAGAACCUUCAGACGAUGAUACAAUCAGCCUUCAUUCUCAGGUAUCAGAAUCAAGAGACCAGGCAUUGAAAAACGACAAUCACGUAAUAGGGAGUAAACAGGAGUCCCAUAAAGGUCAGGAUCAGGAUGGCUAUGAAUACGAUCCCAAUGGUGAAGAUUCUACGCUGUCUGAUCAUGGUGAUGUACAGCUUAGUGGUCCUUUUGUUUCUUAUAUUAAGGAACGUGGAAAACUUUGUGAGAAGUCGGAGAAGGCAGAUGAGAAUGAAGAAUGGGAAGAAGAGCAGAGGCUUCAAAAAGAGCAGCUAUUAGUAGAGGCAGAGGAAGAUGAUGAAAUAAAAGAAGUUACAGAUCUGAGGAAAAUAGCAGCACAGUUGUUACAACAAGAAAAGCACAACAGACGGAGACCAUUAAGUUAUAGAACUUCAUUCAGUGAAAAGCUCUUCCAGAGGACGAGAGCCGCUGGGCGGGCUUCAAGUGGCUCACCUGGAGAUCAUUCACAGUUAUCACCAUGCAGCUGGCCGGGAGGAGAAAAGGAUCGAAAUAACGAACGGGGGUGGACAGCAGCAGAGAGUUCAGUGUGGCAGACAGAGGAAAGGCGAAGGUCUAAGCAGACCAGGAAGGAAUAUUUUAAGUACAAGUCUUCUCGGAAGUGCUCAAGUGGAAACGACGAUGAGCAAAACAGUGAUAGUGCAGAUGUGUCACCCUCAUCUCCAGUGUCAUCAGAGGACUGUGAAAGGUCACACAGUAGCUCGCCAACCCCAUUUGGAUUAAAGCCAAGGUCAGCUUUUAGCCGUUCCUCCCGACAAGACUAUGGGUCGUCAGAUCCAGGAUUCACUAUCAGGAGGAAAAUGGAACAUCUAAGAGAAGAAAGAGAGCAGAUAAACCAUCUGCGUAAUAAUCUUGAGUCCAGGCUUAAGGUUAUUUUACCAGAUGACAUUGGAGGAGCACUUAUGGAUGGAGUUGUGUUAUGCCAUCUUGCCAACCAUAUACGACCCCGCUCAGUUGCCAGCAUUCAUGUUCCGUCACCAGCAGUGCCUAAACUCAGCAUGGCGAAAUGCAGACGUAAUGUGGAAAACUUCCUGGAGGCAUGUAAAAAACUUGGAGUCCCGCAGGAUAAGCUUUGUUUACCCCACCACAUCCUGGAAGAGAGAGGAUUAGUAAAAGUUGGAAUAACCAUUCAGGCACUGUUAGAACUUCCGCUGCUGCGAGCUUCACAACUUUCUUCAGUUUAACCCCAAAUGUGGUACUGACACUAUAAGGACUCGUUCUCAAGCCUCAAGUAUGGACUGUUCUCUGAGAUUCCCGCCUCUGAAGUUACGUUAGCCCUAAAAGGGAAUUGUGCACAUCUACUGUAUUUUCACUAAUUCUAGUGAACCACAGUGGUAUAUUUUUAGACAUUUGACAUAUUUUAAAAUGUUCCUGUCUGUAAAAUGCAUCUGUGGGGUGUCUUUUUCUGCAUUUUUGUGUGUAUGUGAAUAUGUGACAUUCAUAAACACACAGUUUUAACAGCAUAAAAGGUCAGCUGAAAGAGAACCGGUUAGUUCUGGCCAUAAUUAUCCCUUGUAUAGAAUAUAAUGCCCUGUGCAGUUGGGCAAAUGCACAGCAGUUCUUUUGGAAUAGUGUUACCAUCCACGGGGGGGUUGUCCAAGCUUUUAUCGGCUUACCCUUGCAGUUGUAGUGUAUAAGCAUCUCUUGCUCAGCGUUUGAGGUAC